CCUCUCUGCUCUCCAACCCAUUGGAAAAUUGGAACAAUAUUCUCCCGAUCACUCGUGCAAAUGAUUGAACCGAACCCUUCUUUUUCAUGUGGACUUUUGCUUCGAUAUCAAUGGCAUUAGAUCUUUCGUCUUCGCCUUGACGACGAGAAUCUCUGAUAAUUUCAUCUCUUUAAGUUUUUUUUUUUAAAAUUUUUUUGGGGGAAAAUGGAGUGCGUUGGAGCUCGGAACUUCGCGUCAAUGGCGGUUUCCGCUUUUCCGUCGCGGAGGUCUCGAAGAAAGCUCCCUCUGGCUACAAAACAGAGGUUUACGAAUCUUCGGUACAGUUGGUGCAGAGUCAGAGCCGCCGCCGGCGGAGGCGGCGCCGUGGGGAAGAGUUGCGUGGCGGUGAGAGAAGAUUUCGCCGACGAUGAAGAUUACGUGAGGGGCGGUGGUUCGGAGCUUUUGUUCGUCCAAAUGCAGCAGAAAAAGAACAUGGAUGGGCAGUCCAAACUUGCCGAUAAGUUACCUCCAAUAUCGAUUGGUGAUGGGGUUCUAGACCUGGUGGUUAUUGGCUGUGGUCCUGCGGGUCUUGCCUUGGCUGCAGAGUCAGCUAAACUCGGGUUAAGGGUCGGACUCAUCGGACCGGAUCUUCCUUUCACGAACAAUUACGGCGUCUGGGAAGAUGAAUUCAAAGACCUCGGGCUGCAAAAAUGUAUCGAGCAUGUCUGGCGAGACACGAUUGUGUACCUGGACGAUGACAAACCCAUUACGAUUGGCCGUGCUUACGGGCGAGUCAGUCGGGAUCUACUCCAUGAGGAGCUGUUGAGGAGGUGUGUCGAGUCAGGUGUCUCGUAUCUUAGCUCAAAAGUCGAUAGCAUAUUGGAAGGUGCUGAUGGCCACAGCCUCGUUGCCUGCGAACACAACACUAUCGUUCCCUGCAGGCUUGCCACUGUUGCAUCGGGAGCAGCUUCAGGAAAGCUCUUGCAAUAUGAAGUUGGGGGUCCGAGGGUGUCUGUCCAGACAGCAUACGGCGUGGAGGUUGAGGUGGAAAACAAUCCAUACGAUCCAGACCAGAUGGUUUUCAUGGAUUACAGAGAUUACACCAGACAGAAAAUCCGGAGUUUAGAAGCUGAGUAUCCAACGUUCCUAUACGCCAUGUCUAUGUCAAAGACGAGAGUGUUCUUUGAGGAGACAUGCUUGGCCUCAAAAGAGGUCAUGCCUUUCGAUUUGCUCAAGCAGAAGCUCAUGAUAAGAUUAGAGACAAUGGGAGUUCGAAUUCUCAAAAUUUAUGAAGAGGAAUGGUCUUACAUCCCUGUUGGAGGCUCCCUACCAAACACUGAACAGAAGAAUCUCGCCUUUGGUGCAGCCGCGAGCAUGGUACACCCGGCAACAGGCUAUUCGGUAGUAAGAUCACUGUCCGAGGCUCCAAAAUACGCUUCUGUAAUAGCGAGAAUACUUGGAAACAAACCUUCCACCACAAAACACAUCAAUGGCGGAAACAACAGCAAUAUCUCAAUGCAAGCUUGGAAUUCACUGUGGCCAAGAGAAAGGAAGAGGCAGAGAUCGUUCUUCCUGUUCGGGUUAGCUCUCAUACUGGAACUCGACAUAGAAGGCAUCAGGUCGUUCUUCCACACUUUCUUCCGCCUUCCAAACUGGAUGUGGCAGGGAUUCCUGGGGUCGACACUGACAUCAACAGAGCUAAUGAUAUUCGCAUUGUACGUGUUCAUGAUAGCACCGAACGACAUGAGGAAACGCCUCAUCCAUCAUCUCUUCUCCGACCCAACUGGCUCUAUCAUGGUUCGGACCUAUCUCUCUCUCUGAUAUGUCGUUAGGAACAUAACAGUCAUCUGUAAAUCUCCAAAAGUUUCUCAAUACCCGACUUCAAAAUAUUUGCUCUCUUUCAAAUUUGAAUCCGAAUUCGUAAA